AUGUUACUCAUAUCUCUUCUACUCAUUUUCUAUGUUCGAAGUGCUCCAGAGAACUGUGUCGAGUACAUAUCAGAGAACCAUUGUGUCCAAUGUAGUGAUGGGUAUUACCUUCAAAUGGUGGACAAUCCAACCACAGGGAUUCCCUCUCUUCUCUGUGUUCAAAAGGGAACAAUUGCGAAUUGUGAUGCUGAAGACUCUGGUCAGUGUGUCCGAUGUCAGUCUGGGUACUACUUAAAGAAUAAUCAAUGUGUUGGUUGUACCACUGGGUGUAACUACUGCGAUGAGAACCAUUGCUUCCAGUGUGGGUCUGUAGAUGGUGUUCAGUUAUACCUUUCUACCGAUGAAACGCAAUGCGUCGAUUGUAGUAAAUCAAUCAAUGAUGAAGCUUGUGGAAGAUGUUCGUCUGGGACGUACUUCGAUACCACCACAAAGUCUUGCGCAAAGUGUUUCGACAGUUGCGCGUUAUGUACGGAAGCAACGAACUGUUUCCAGUGUUCUGAAAAGUUACUUGAAAAGCACGCGGGCACUGCAGCCGACCCAGACAAAUGUGUUGACAUAGUACAUUGUUCGACUGGUAAGAAUGAUGAUCACUGUGAGUCGUGUGAUGCUGGCUAUCGUCUUGAAGGUGGUAACUGUGUUCCAUGCAAUUCCAAUUGCACGUUGUGUUAUAAGAAAGAUGACGGAAAGACACAGUGCACCAAAUGUGAUGAAGGUUUUGUUCUGAACAAAGGAGAGUGUCAAACGAAAGACUCAUUAAAUUGUGAAGUUGGGAGUGUCACUUAUGGGUGUUUGCAGUGCAAGACUGGGUAUUUCUUUGAUAGCAAUUUGGAGUGUGCAGAAUGUUCUUCUGACUGUGGGUCGUGUGUUUCCGAAGCAAGUAAUUGCUUGUCGUGUUCCAAAGACCAUUACUUCAAGAGUGGGACAACCACGUGUACAAUGAAAGAUGGAAAUUGUUCGUUAGUUGAUCAAGCUGGAUGUAAAGAAUGUGCGAACGACUUGAGUGGUGAAGGGUUGAAAAAGACUGGAUACUAUGUUCCGCCUGGGAAACAAGAGUGCGAAGAAUGUGAAAAGAAUUGUAAGCUCUGUGAAGGUGAUAAAACGCAUUGUACGGCAUGUGUCACCAAUUAUGUGUUAAAAAAGAAUGGCGAUCAUUAUGAAUGUUACAACAAAAGUGAGACAUGUAUUGCCACUGAAAUGGGGUAUUGCACUGAAUGCGAGAAAGGAUAUUUCAUCGAAGCUAAUGAAAACCAAGACUGCAUCAAAUGUGAUCCGUCAUGCGGUACUUGUAAAGACAAAGACAACUGUUUGACAUGCGCAAGAGACUAUUACUUGCCUAAGAAUAUGUCGUCUGUUGAAAUGAAAGGGUUCUGUCGCCCUCAAAGUGAAAUUAAUUCCGUGUGUCAAGCGAACGUGAACGGAUGCGAGAAGUGCAAGGAAGGGUUCUACAUCAAUAGCAAAGACCCAACCCAAUACAACUGUACAAAAUGCACAGAUGAGUGUAAAGAUUGUGAUUGGCUCUCAGAGGAUGGGACUGAUGUCACGAAAGGUCAUGUCAUUUGCACGUCAUGUCCGACGGAAUUUGGGUAUGUCAAUGACGAAGGCCAUUGUGUGCCCUGUUCCGGGCUAAAGAAUUGUGCGACGUGUGAUAAAGACAAAUGCGCGACAUGCAAUGACGGAUACAAGAUGGAUCCUGGAUCGAAGUCAUGCUCGAAAACCAAUUGGGCGUUAAUUAUUCCCCUUGUGAUCUUGGGUGUUAUCAUAAUUGUCAUUAUCUUGGUACUGCUCAUAGCCUUUGUGUGGUGGAGAAGAACAAAAAGCGUCAAAGCGGAGACUGCAGCGAUUAAACCGUUCCACGUCUCUUCUGAUCUGGAGUUGAUUCUCCUUGGCGCUGAUAACGAAAAGUUCCCAUUGAAGACGGAGAAGUGGGAGCUGACAUUCAACCUUGCGAAGUCGAAGGCUGUUGUUGAUCAAGAGUAUACAGAAACGUUUAACUUGGCGAAUAUGUCAAAGAAAGAAUAUUACUUUGAGUUCCAUUUCACGCCAAGUCACAAAUACGACUUAGAUAUCACACCAAAAAGUGCGACACUGAAACCAUCCACUGCUGUUCCCAUAACUUUCAAAAUUAAGAUGUUGUGCACGGCUUCAGUGAGUGACAAUAUUGGUAUCUCGGCGAUGGAUAUUGAUGAUCAGAACAAAGAAACCGCGAAAUUCACGAUUGUGGUUGAAUCCGACUUAUCUCUUAAAUUGGACCACACUGAAUUAAAGCCAAUGAUGCCGCCAAUUGGUGAAGGUGCAUUUGGGAUGGUAUUCAGAGGGACGUACAGAGGUAGAGAUGUCGCCAUUAAGAAAAUGAAAGCGAGAAAUUUGACACAAGAACAAGAGAAGGAGUUCAAUCACGAAGUUUCGAUGAUGACACAGUUGCGCCACAGCUGUGUUGUUGAGUUGAUUGGAGCAGUCUACACGGAAGGAGAAAUAUCUAUAGUCACUGAGUUUGCUGAAUAUGGAUCUCUGAGUAAAGUGUGGGGAAAGCACCCAAUUACGUACCAACUCAAAGUGAAGAUAUUGGACGAUAUGGCUGUUGCGUUAGCUUACUUGCAUCAGAACACCAUUAUUCAUCGUGAUGUCAAAGGCGAGAAUUUGUUGUUGUUUUCACUCAACCCCCGUUCGCCAGUCUGCGCGAAGUUAACAGACUUUGGGACGUGCAGAAACGUAUCUGAGAGAAACUUGGCAUCAAAGGCGUUAUCACAAGGGAUUGGAACGCCAACGUACAUGCCGCCAGAGUGUUUGCAGAACUCUUCGGAGUACAGUUACCCCGUCGAUGUGUAUGCUUACGGUAUGGUUUUGUAUGAGACAUACACCGAGAAGAACGCGUAUGAAAAUGAUGAGCGAUUCAAUCAGCCGUGGAUGAUUCCACAGUUUGUCAUUGAAGGUAACAGACUUGACAAACCCAGUGGUGUUCCAGAGAAUUACUGGGACUUGACCACAAAGUGUUGGUCACAGAAUCCAGAGGACAGACCGACAUUUGCUGAGGUUCUCACAAAAAUCGAAGGGUGGGGUGAAGACAUCAAAUAUGCUCUGAAGAACGACGGUGACAAGCAUGUGGAAGAGUCCGAUGUCUCAAGUAGUUCCACUCCAUCUUCCCAAAGCAAAGACAUGAGUAAAGGACAAAGCAAGCAACAUGAAAACGUCCCCACUGAAGCUGAUGGAGUGGACAAGAGUAUAUCCUCGAAGAGUUCGAGUGAUGAUAAGCACUAA